AUGGCAGGGUGGUCGAUGCUAGCUGAUGGGUCGGUGUUAGAUUGCGGGAAGAAGGAAGAGUCAGACUGCUUUUCGGAAUCAAAACGCUGCGUUUCGGGGUUGCCGGAUAAGCUCCGGAGCUGGUUUGAUCAGUUUCUUGGGGUUCUCUUGAGAGAAAUAUGUGCAAAAGACUCGGCCCGGCCGCUGCCUCCGAUGCUCGGAAAUGGGCAGAGGGUGGAUUUGUUUAAGCUGUUUUGGGCUGUGAGGAAGAAGGGUGGGUUUGAUUGUGUUUCGGAUAACGGGGUUUGGGAUUUGGUUGCUGGGGAGUGUCGGUUGGGUUCGAGUUUAGGUGGGGCUGUGAAGUUGGUUUAUAGUAAGUAUUUGUAUUUGGUUGAUAGGCUUUUGGAGAACAGGGAUUUGGAGUGGAGUUUGGGGAGUAGUGGCAGUGAUUUGAAGAAGCAGUUGACGGAUUUGCAGGAUGAGUUUAAAGGGAUGUUCCCUGAAGUUGGUGAUCGAAAGGUGAAUAAGGCGGGGUAUUUGAAAGAGGAAAUGUCGCCUAAGAGUUUGAAUGACAGUAAUGAGGAGGCGGGUGCGGGAGGAAAGGGUAGUAGGAAUAAGAAACGUGUUGGUAAUGUGGGGUUGGAUUGGGAUUCAGGGACUGUGGAGGAUGCUGGGAAGUUGAAUAACAAUGAGGAGGUGAAAAGUGAGGUGGUGGAAUCCGGUGGAGGGAAGAAAGUUGAUGACGACGAUGAUUAUGUAGAUGUACUGAUUGUGAAUCCAGCCACAAUGGAAGUGAGUUCCUGUCGUAAAAGGAAGCGAGAGUCCUUUUGCGGCAUGCUGAAUUGGCUUAGAAUGAUUGCAGCAGAUCCUUGUGAUCCUUCGGUUGGUUCCUUGCCGGAAAGGUCAAAGUGGAAGUCCUUUGGGAAUAAGGAGAACUGGAAGCAGGUUUUGGGUGCUCGAGAGGCCAUAUAUCUGAAGAAGAAUGCUGAUUCAGUUGCAGAACAGUUUAACGGGCAGAAUAAUCUGAGGAUGCAUCCAAGCAUGUAUGAUGAUCAUCUUGGCACCGCUUACAAUCUUAGAGAGAGGCAGAGAUUGGAGAAGCAGCAAAGGACAAUGUCUGAAUCAGGAGCCUGCUUAUAUUCAUCCCCGGGCAGUGAUAUGUCCAAAAGCAGUCCUGGCAUGGAGGACCAUAUUGAAGUUCGUGUUGGGUCAAAAUUUCAAGCUCAUGUACCAGAAUGGACUGGUGAGUUAGAAGAAAGUGACGGGAAGUGGUUGGGGACCCGGGUUUGGCCAAUACAAAAACCAGAGCAACUAUAUCUAAUUGAAAGGGAUCCAAUUGGAAAGGGAAGGCAAGAAUCUUGUGGCUGCCAAAUGCCAGGUUCUAUAGAAUGUAUUAGAUUUCACACAGCCGAGAAAAGGUUAAGAGUUAAGCGUGAACUGGGAUCAGCUUUCUACCAUUGGAAGUUCAAUGAGAUGGGUGAGGAAGUUGGGCUCCCUUGGACAGCUGAAGAAGAAAAUAAGUUCAAGGCCAUAAUAAAGGCAAAUCCUCCAUCUCUUGGGAAUACCUUCUGGGAUGAUAUAAUUGAGUCAUUUCCUAAGAAGAGCUGGAGAGAAUUGGUAAGCUUCUACUUCAACGUCUAUCACUUGCAGCGUAGAGGAUAUCAAAACAGGUUCACUCCAAACAACAUUAAUAGCGAUGAUGAAGAUUUAGAAUCAGGAACAGCUACUAAUGGUUUUGAACAUGAAGAACCCAAUUCUUCAAAGUCAAUUUUGAAAUCCCCGCACAAGCCACAUGGAAAAUACAGAUAACCAUAUGAAAUCUACUACAGCUGAAUCAUCUUGGUCCUUGAAAUUUUGGGUGGUAAAGAUUUUGUCAUGAUUACAAGUGACGUUGAACAGAUCUAUGGAAAAGCUCGGGAGGAAGCAGCUUUGGCUAUUCACAGAUCCUCCAUCUCCAAGUCUGGUUUUGCGAUCCUUUUUACUUUGAGACAUGUUUCCUAUUCUUGACUGUCGAUGCCAAAUACAGGUACUUUUAAUUUGGAAGUUUCUUUUAGGUUUCUUACAGCUAGAGGCGACUGAAAGAAGAAGCCUUGGGAAUUAUAGGGGAAAGGUAUGUCAUUAGAUGUAGAUCAGAAAUAGUGGAUUCUGGAAGUCAGAUUGUGGUCUCCAGAACCUGUAAUUGCAAU